AAUGGAGCAGGGCAGGAGAUGUGUGGAGGACUUCCCUUUCAACGUGUUUUCGGUCACCCCUUACACACCCAGUACCACUGACAUCCACGUGUCAGAUGAUGACAAGGCGGGUGCCACUCUGCUCUUCUCAGGCGUCUUCCUGGGACUGGUGGGGAUCACAUUCACCGUCAUGGGUUGGAUCAAAUACCAAGGUGUAUCCCACUUUGAGUGGACCCAGCUCCUUGGGCCCAUCCUGCUGUCGGUUGGGGUGACGUUCAUCCUGAUUGCUGUGUGCAAGUUCAAAAUGCUCUCCUGCCAGUUGUGCAAAGAAAAUGAGGAAAGGAUCCUGGACUCGGAACAAACACCAGGUGGACAAUCAUUUGUUUUUACUGGCAUCAAUCAACCCAUCACCUUCCAUGGGGCCACUGUGGUACAGUAUAUCCCUCCUCCUUAUGGUUCUCAGGAGCCCAUUGGGAUGAACACCGCCUACCUGCAGCCAGUGGUGAACCCGUGUGGUCUUAUAUCCUCUGGAGGGGCAGUGGCCGCCAUGCCAAGUCCUCCUCAGUACUACACCAUCUACCCUCAGGAUAACACUGCAUUUGUUGAUGAUGAGGAGGACUACCCCUCUUACGUGGAUGGUGGGAAUGACAGGUCAAGUACUUGUGUGGAGCAGCUAGAAGAGACACAGCUGGAAGAUGAGGAGUGUACCUGCUACUCUCCUCCCCCAUACGAAGAAAUAUACUCAGUCCCUCGCUAG